AUGGCUCUCAACUUGACAUCCUCCCGCAGGGCUCUGGGCUCCCUCAAGCCCCUCACUCGUGCCGCUUUCUCAGGUGUCCGCGGCUAUGCCACCGCAGAGCCUGAUCUCAAGGCCACUCUGCGCGAGGCCAUCCCCGCCAAGCGCGAGCUCCUCAAGAAGGUCAAGGCCCACUCCAACAAGGUCCUCGGCGAGGUCAAGGUCGAGAACACCCUCGGCGGCAUGCGCGGUCUCAAGGCCAUGGUCUGGGAGGGUUCCGUCCUCGACGCCAACGAGGGCAUUCGCUUCCACGGCCGCACCAUCAAGGACUGCCAAAAGGAGCUGCCCAAGGGAAAGACGGGAACCGAGAUGCUCCCCGAAGCCAUGUUCUGGCUGCUCCUCACCGGCCAGGUUCCCUCUGUGAACCAGGUCCGCACAUUCUCUCGUGAACUCGCGGAGAAGGCGCAGAUUCCAGAGUUUAUCUCAAAGAUGCUUGAUAACUUCCCCAAGGAUCUUCAUCCCAUGACACAGUUCGCCAUGGCUGUUUCUGCGCUCAACUACGAGUCCAAGUUCGCCAAGGCGUAUGAGCAGGGUCUUAACAAGGCUGAUUACUGGGAGCCUACUUUUGACGAUUGUAUCUCGUUGUUGGCCAAGCUUCCUACCAUUGCUGCCAAGAUCUACCAGAAUGCUUACCGUGGUGGUGGUGCUCUGCCUGCUGAGGUUGAUCUUGAGCAGGAUUGGUCGUACAACUUUGCUGCUAUGCUUGGAAAGGGUGGAAAGGAGAAUGAGAACUUUCAGGAUCUUCUGAGACUCUACCUCGCUCUUCAUGGUGAUCAUGAGGGUGGCAAUGUUUCUGCCCACGCCACUCACCUUGUCGGAAGUGCUCUGUCGGAUCCUUUCCUGUCUUACAGUGCUGGUCUCCAGGGUCUCGCUGGACCUCUUCACGGUCUCGCCGCUCAGGAGGUUCUCCGAUGGAUCAUCCAGAUGAAGGAAGCCAUCCCUGCCAACUACACCGAGCAAGACGUCAACGACUAUCUCUGGUCUACCCUCAACUCAGGCCGCGUCGUCCCCGGCUACGGCCACGCCGUCCUCCGCAAGCCCGACCCCCGCUUCGAAGCCCUGAUGGACUACGCCGCCGCGCGCCCCGAGAUCGCCAACGACCCCGUCUUCCAGCUCGUCGAGAAGAACAGCCGCAUCGCCCCCGAGGUCCUCAAGAAGCACGGCAAGACCAAGAACCCCUACCCCAACGUCGACAGCUCCUCUGGCGUCCUGUUCCACCACUAUGGCUUCCACGAGACGCUGUACUACACUGCUACCUUUGGCGUCUCUCGUGGUCUCGGACCUCUGGCUCAGUUGAUCUGGGACCGGGCUCUGGGUCUGCCUAUUGAGAGACCUAAGAGCAUUAACCUUGAGGGCAUUCUUAAGCAGGUUGAGGGUCAAUAA